UUUGCCUCGAGAUUCUAUAAGUGACGGUAGUAACACAGCUUUUUUUUAAUCUUAGCGGCAUUUUACGAAGUGACAGAUUUGUUUUUUUAUUAUCAUAGUGAUGUGCAGUGCAUAGUUUUUAUGAAUUCAUCGAUUUGUUUUAUAAUUGCAUUAUAAUGUUUCAAUACGACUACGAAAAACGUCCAACGUCAGUCGCGUGCGACAGUCGCACGGCUACGCGCGACUUUUAUGCGCGCCGGCCACUCCCGCCCCGACCGGAAUGCGACACAUUGCCCGCUAAACCAAGCGUACCCUUAAAAGUGUGGAUAAUAGCGAGUGCGUCGUGCUUCGCGGUGUGCGCCGUACUGGUGCUGGCAACCGUGGUGGUGAUCCGUUGGACCACCACGGAGACCUACACAGCCAGGGAUAUAUACGCGGAGGCGCCUGAACCGAUAUUCUCAUUUCCAUACCCACAACAACGACCCGACAAAACAACAACAGAAUCAGAAUCCCAAGAUAUAGAUAACGAGAUACAAUACCCAAUACUAGAAAAGCUUUCAAUAUUCAAGAACAUAGUCGCGAACAGAGAUAGACAGAUCAAUCUCGCCUCCAAACCUCAAAUACACCCGCUCCACGACACGUCCUUCCACCACCCGGACAAGAAAAUAGAAAAGAAGGACAAACCAAAACCUCCCAUCGAUAACAAAGACGCAAGAAUACCAGAAUUCAAGCCCACCUUACCCGACAUUUUCACCGAUAAACAAAUCAAACUAUCUGAUGGUUACGUAACUGAUUUUAAGCACAAUGACUAUGACGACUAUUAUAACGAUGAAAACCUCUAUGAUGACUACAUGCAGAGUAAUACAAUGACCAGUUAUUUAAUAGAAAAGGUCCAGGAGUUGCACGAAUGGAUAACAUCAGACCCAACGUUUGAAGUCAGUAAGCAGAAGAAUUCGAAUAACUUUGGACAAGUAUUGAAAGCAUUAAAUGAAAGCCUGAUAGAGGGAAAUGUAACGAUCAUAAUGAGUAAAUUAAGGGAUAUAUACUUUGGGGAUAAUUACACAGUGGCGAAUAGUGGUAGGAAGAUUAUAUUGACAAAUAGUACGAACUUGCUGUCGUUCGGGAUACUCACGAUGGAUGUGAUGUUGUUACAUAACAUACAGCUGAUGGCUUGGGAGAACCAAGAAGGUGCUCGCAAUAAAAUGCUCAAAGACCCAGACGUUUUUGCCUUCAACGCUUUAUUCAUGGAGCCAAGCAAAGUCGAGUCGAAACGGAAAGAAGUUUACCACCACUAUGAGAACAGUGCCUUUACUAAACGUCAAAAUUUCCACCAAGAACCGGCAGAUGAGUUCAGUAUGGGAAAGAAUCUUCUGGAAAACGUGCUGGAACUGGGAAUGAGCACAGCGAGAGCUGCUAUACAUUUGGGGAAGGCGUAUAAAAAUACGAAGAACCUACUAAAUCAACUGUCAAACAGAGAAGCAAUCAAUGCGAACAUACAGAACCAAUUGUCCCGCAACAUAGAUGGCAACACUCACGCCUUGCAUCACCUGCAAACGUCAUACAAUGACAGCGCCAGUGUUGCCAGCGAGAGCGAGGUGUACACAGAUUUGGACUGUGUUUGGCUUUUGUAUUGCAAGAAUCUGGUCGCUACGGCGAAAUUGAAUCCGCCUUAUGGAACUAUGGCGAGGAUAAAUGGGUUAGCUUUAAGAAUGUUGGCCGGUGACCUAGCGGCUGAUCGAGCGCUUGACACGAUGCUAUACGAAGCGCUGACAGGUUGGAGCGAGCUCAGGUGCAAUGAUAUGUUUCCCAAAUGCAGUAAGGUGAAUGCCGCCGCAAUAGUUCUAGACUCAAUUAUACAACCAUUAAAAAAGUCCCAAAAAACUUCAACAUAAUAAUAGACAGUUUAUUUUAAAUAGUAUGUAAUGGAAUUUCACUUGUAGAUAAUCUAUGCUAAAAAAAAAACAAAAGCUCAGUCGCCUGAAAUGUCAUUUUUAAUAAUGUUAAAAAAAAAUGAAAUGACGUAACGUAAUUAUUGCCAUGUGUAUGGCAAUAAUUACAAUUCUAGCCGUAAUGGCUAAGGCUUAAUUUUCUAUAAGUCACUGUACUUUAUGUAAUAGUUCUUGGAAUCGUGCGUUCAACAACAAGAUACAAGUUUCGAUUCGAUUAUGAGAAUCGAUUUUUAAGUCCUUGGUUAAAACUUAAGAACUUGUAAACAUUUAAACUCGAGUAAUAAGAACACACUUAAAAUGGUUCUCAAAUACAAUAUUGGACAAAUAAAUUGAAAUAUCAGCCCUGAGACGGAUUGUCCUGUUAAAUAAAUCAGUAUUUUUCUUUUUUCAUAUGUGAACUCUUUAAUAAUCUCGCUAUGUCAAUUGUGAGAAAGAGACAAGUGUAUUGUUCUCUUAAAUUAUAAUAAUGUAUUGCAUAGAGGCUAUUUAUAGGUAAAAUAAAUGAAAUAUGUAUUUUUUAUACAUGAGUAUUUGAAAAGUGAAGCAAAUAACCUAUAUCAGAUCUUCUAUUUAAUAUAGUUUGUAAUAGUAUGUUAGACUAAGGUUAAUAAUGAAUUGAAGUACAGAUACAUGUACAUAUUUUUUACAAAGUGAUACAUUGACCAUGGGCUUUAAUGUGAGUUGUAAGUUUAAGUUACUUAUGCAUUUACUAAGUUUAAGUUUCAAGGAAGCACUUGCGACCAAGGGAGUGGGUUCAAUAAUAGAUAAUAUUUUGUAAUGUUUUACAUUUUGUUAGAUUUUUUAUGGUUAUUUUUUUAAAUAAGUUUUUUCAAUGUAAUAG